UAAACCGAAUGACCAUUUCGGGAACCAGUCAAAUAGAUCACGAACGUUUUUGUCGCUCGCUGUCGCUGAGAGGCAUGGUACGGUGGUGUUAUUUACCAAUCUUUCAGAUUUCGACAAGUACGUCUUGGCUCUGACAACAGAUAUGAUUCGUGUGGCUGUGAUAGGAGCUGGUGCUGGUGGGUUGUGUGCUCUUCGUCACCUCUGUGCCAAACCAGCCACGUUUGAUCCCGUCUGUUUUGAACAGAGUGGUCGUGUUGGAGGAACAUGGGUUUACACAGACGAGACUGGUACUGACCAGUAUGGGAUGCCGAUAUUUUCCAGCAUGUAUCAAGAGUUGUUAACCAAUCUUCCAAAAGAAUCCAUGGCCUUUCCAGGUUUUCCAUUUGACAAGAAGUUGCCAUCUUUUAUCAAGAGCCAAGAUGUCUUGGAGUAUUUGGAAGACUAUGCUGAUCACUAUGAUGUCAUUAAAAAAAUUAAGUUUUACCAGUAUGUGCAGAAAGUACGGCCCAUUGAUCAAGAGAAAGUCACGGUCAAAUGGGAGGUCACAUAUAAUGAUGUCCGAGACACGUCACAGGUCUCUACAGAAAUAUUUGAUGGUGUUAUUGUUUGCAAUGGCCACUACUUUGUUCCUCUAAUUCCACAAAUACAGGGAAUGGAUAUUUUUAAAGGGCAGAUAAUCCACAGUCACAAUUACAGAGAGCCAUCUCCAUUCGAACAUCAAAGAGUUGUCUGUCUUGGAGCAUCAUCGUCCGGUGUUGACAUAGCUAUUCUGUUAAGCAAAGUAGCCAAUAAGGUGUAUCUAAGUCACAACAAAGGUACCCUCAAGUCACAGUUUCCAGACAACGUUGAACUUAAGGCAGGAAUCAAGUGUCUGAAAGAAAAUUCGGUCGUGUUCCAAGGAGGCGAAGAAGAAGAAGAAAUUGACAGCCUCAUUCUCUGUACAGGCUACAGAUUUGUCUUCCCAUUCCUCUCUGAAGACUGCAAACUGGACAUAACAGACGAGAGAGUUACGCCAUUAUACAAACACAUGAUUCACACACAGUUCCCCUCUUUAUCCUUUAUAGGGAUCUGCAAAGUGAUUUGCCCCUUCCCGUUCUUUCACAUGCAGGUUCAGCUAGCAUUGGCGGUGCUUGACGGGUCAGUGGAAUUACCAUCUAAAGAAGACAUGGAUAAGGAUACUGAGGCUGAUUUCAGAAAGAGGCUGGAGCAGGGGUUGCCAUGGAGACACGCUCACCACAUGAAGGAGAAGCAGUGGGAUUACAAUGAUGAGCUGGCAGCCAUUGUUAAGAGUGAUCCCAUUCCAAAAAGUGUGAGCGAUCUCUAUAACCAUGUGGCCGUGGACAGAUCGUCAAAUAUUUUGAAUUACAAAAAGAAAAAUUAUGUUCUAACAGGUCCAGAAACAUUUGAAGAAGUCCAGUGAAUUCCAUAUUUGUCCUUUCUUUGAUCUUAUGGUGUGCCAAGAACUCACUGAAAUGCAACAUGCCUCAAAUAUUUGUAUUUAUACUGAAACAUAUCAAACAGAUUACAAUAUCUAGUCCUGCUUUUUACCUUUAUCUUUAUAUUUAUCCUCUAUUGAAUUCAGGGGCUGCGCAGAUGGUACGGCUGGUACGGCCAUGGCUGUACCAGUUUUCAAAGAGGUUCAGCAUGGCCGUCCCACCUGUAUCUGUGAAAAUGUCCUUCACGGGUGAAUUUGAAAGGAUAAUCUGACAAGUUUGAGCUGUACCACUGUUUUGUUCAAUUUAAUGGUUGUCCAUAGGCUACCAGGCAUCAGAUAUGAUGUGGUGACCCAGCAAUAUGUUAUUGUAGCUUGAAAGUUUUAAGUUAUCCAGAUUCAUAUAAUUCAAACGUUUUUAAAAUUAACUAUCAGGUAGCCCGCCGGGCUUUGACACUGACAGUACUUUAUGGUUACUCGAUUAAUAAAUUGGGUAGCCAAGGGUAUCCGGUCACAGGAAUGUUCCAAGCCCGAGGUCUAAUGGAAAACCUGUUUUAUUUUUAUUGACAAUUAAUGAAUUGUGUCCUGCUGAACAUCAAUAGCAUCUUUGAAAGGAAAUACACUAAUGUUAUAAAUGACAUAUCACUUUAACAAAACAAUAAUCUUACCAUAUCUGUAAAUUGUUUUGUGUAAAAAUUAUUUAUAGAAAUGAUUUUACAAAAUGAUGGUGUGUGCAUGUGUGUGCAUUGUGUGUGUGUGUGCACUGUGUGUGUGUAUGUGUGUGUGUAUGUGUGUGGUGAUACUAAAGAUGCAAUAUUUCUUUACCAUCCCAGGGAUGUAUUUAAUGAGGAGGAAGACAAGCCCCACCACCCACUCACCCUUGAACAUAGUCGAUACAAAAAUUAGUUCGGCCCGGUAGGAGACGUAUUGCUUUAUUAGCAGUACUCUCAAAAUGCUUGUGGUAGUUCCGCCCCACUGAUUUCAGAAUAGAUAUGGGUCAGCAUUCUAUACCUUAAACGGCUGUUGCCAUUUUAAAAGGUUUUCAGCAAAGCAAAUAUUUUUACAUUAUUAAUAUUUCAAUUUAUUUCCCAUAUGGUUAAAAAUAUCUUGGUACAUAUCAAAAUGAUACGUCCCACUAGAGACCGGCACCUGUGCCCAGGACAGCCGUGCGCUACAACAGCUUAUUCUGAAUGUGCACGUUAAACACUCUGACCUGACCUGACUAUAACGCCAAGUGGGAUGUAACACUUCAACGUCUUCGAUUGGCGAACAACAACCUUACGGGAACGUCGACUAAACUAGUUCAGUGAUAUAAAUUAUGAUCGAACGGAGGGGGAGUUAAACUAGCCUAGCUAUCUAAUUUGAAGGGUUAAACCCGUAUAGUGUAGGUAUUGGUUUAAAAAGCCUAGUACUUGGCAUACUUAACUUUAUUACCAAUGCAAUGAAACGAAACUAACGGUGGCAAGUAGCAAUUGUAUACAUAUAUGCACCAAUCUAGGUACUUAGCGCUAAGAUCAUCUUAAGUACCUAACUACAUUGUAUGCACUUAACGUGAUUUCAGCGCUAAGAUCGCUUCGUAGAACGGAACCCAGUUGUAAAUAUUUAAAGAUUAAAAAUAAUCUCGAAAUUACAGCUUUAAAUUAUGUGAUUAUCAAUGUAAACUGUGAUACCAGUCAUGUUUGUUUUUCACCUGAUUAGUAGAUGUUAGGUUUUUUAGAACAUGGAAUGUGCAAUUCUGUAAUUAUCUAUAUAUGCAGCAAUGCGAUAUCCAUUGUUUAGCCAUGAUUAAACUCUACUUCUGAGGUA